UACCUAUAAAUAUCAUGCAUAUUCUAUCCAUGACAAGUAUGUAUGAUAUAGUUCAUUUUUAUUUUACACAUUAUGAAACAAAUGAACUGCAGCAUUGCCAUGUUGUGUUAAUUAGUCUACUGUUAACUGCCUAGACACACUGGUGAUUAGUACAUUACACAUUUGCAGUUGAGGAAGAGCAGUCCCGUGAAGAAGAGGAGACGGCUGAACAAAGUGAGGACGAGCUGGCAGAUGAGGGUGUGGUCGUGGGUGCAGAGUCAGAGCAGGAUCCUAUGGACACUGUCAGUGACAAACAUGUCAUCCUCACUCAAUCAGAACAGGUGGAGGAGGAGGACAGUCCUGCUCUGCAGGAUGUGCUGAUGACCCAGAGCCAUCUGCAUCUUCCUGGGCUGGAGAAGCCUUGGCCCUGCUCCUUUUAGAACUGGCAGACAACAGUCACCUAGUGCCAGCUGACCUAAGGCUGAAGAUUGGCACUGCAGUUGGUGCUCUGCAUGAGCAUGACAGGUCUGCAGCCAACUUUGUAAAAAGGUAUAAGUCUAGGUGGGGUUACACCAUGUUUGGCAGAUGCUUGGGAGUUGACACACCUGAGACCAGAGCAGCAGAGAAGACAAAGUUUUCCUGGAUGAGGUACCCUCAGGCAGCCCAGGUGACUGAGGAUAGUCGUCUGUUGUACCUCAUUAUUAAGAUGCUGAAAAACCGGCCACCAGCCAGUCGUCUCACCUCCCCCACUAAAAUCACCAAUGCAAUCAAGGGCCAGAAUAAAAGGAUUGUAGACUGAGUCACAGAGACGAUCCCAUCCUCAACGGUUUCUCAAUUCCUCUGCCCAAUCUGAAUGCCAAGGCCAUCUCUACAUUCAUGGCACGGGAAGAGAAGAAGGCUAACUACAGGGCAACAGUAAUGCCAAAGGUGAAACCCCACCAAAGAGUGCUGUCAGAAGAACCAAUGCCAGCAGCUCCUACUCUGCCAGAAUCCCUACCAGCUCCAGAUCGACCUCAGGUUCAGUACCAGAGCCUACGUCAUGCAGCUGGGAAAAGGUAUGGUCAGAAGCGGAGGGUAGAUGUGGAAGAGCCGGAGCUUGUGAACCGGCCCAUUCAAGCUAAACCCCCUGUGGCCACGUACAUCCCACCCAGAGCGUCAGCAACACCUGUCCUGGUAGUGGUUCCUGCACAGCCACAGGGACCAUCCAUGAUGCUCUGUGGGGCAUCCAGCAGUAAAGGCUUCAUACCUUUCGCACCGCCUCCUGCGCUGAGAUCCAGACCAAUCAAGCCUCAUAAAUCCACAAAGCCUUGUGGGGCCUGCCAAGUACCCCAGUGUGGUGGGCAGCGUAAGAGGUACACGCCCUCCAAAGACAAGGCUGCUGAAAGUAGUCAAAAAAUAUUUACCUAUUGCCUAGCAACUAGGAAGUCCACCACUUCAGGUUUUGAAGGUGUUGUGUUCAACAGUUUUGAACACUUCAAAAAUGUAGUAGAUGAGGAACUCAAAAAGAAAAAAAAAUAACAACUAGAGAGCCAACUACAUCUGCAAAUACAUCCCCCAAAUCACAAUAGCAGAUUUCUGAGCUAUGGUUUGGACCUGGUUCAGACCUGGAUUAGACCUAGUUUAGAUUUUGCCCUAGUUUGGAGUUGAUUUAGACCUGGUUUAAUCCCAGUUGUAUUUACCUAAUUUGGUCCUGGAUUAGACAUGGUUUGGGUUAGUCAGAAUUACCUGUGCACAGAGAUUUACAUGUCCUCAACAUUAUUUGCACUUUGUGGGUUACAAUGUAAUUUAAUUUGCCAUGUUAUUUAUAUUCUUAUAAUAAGACUAAAAUAUAAUAAGUCAUAUUGGCUACAAUAUCUGCCUCUUAUCUGGCAUCAAAUCAGACAGUGGAAAAAAAGUGAGUUAGUGAAUGUAAAUAUCUGCUUAACAUUGCAUACUAUUGCACUGCAUUACCUCAUUCCCUUGUAUAUAUUGUACGUAUAUUGUGUAUUGCUCAAUGUGUACAUGUAUAAGUCUUGUAAAUAUUUAUAA